AUGGAGAAUGGCGUUGUCAAUGGACACGGAUUUCAGCCAGUGUCGACAUUCUGGCCAACACGAUAUCUUGAAGCCAGCGUGGGCGAUACUGCAGACAAGGCUUCAACAGCACUGAUCGUUUUGAACACGCCAAUCAGUGACUAUACCUUCUUCAAACGCUUGUAUAAUCAUGCAGGCUACGUCGUUUGUGCAGACGGCGGAGCCAAUCGACUACACGAUCUCCUCGUCAACGAGUUCUCCGACCAAGAAGCUGUGGAAGCCCUCAAGUCUUCUCCUCCAAACGCUAUACAUGGUGAUCUGGACUCUUUGGAGCGUCAUGUCCGGGAACAAUAUGAGCAGAUCGGAACUUCAAUCAGUCUCGACCCAGACCAGUACAGCACUGAUUUCCAGAAAGCCAUCAAGAAGACUGUUGAGCAGAAGCCGAAUACUCAAAACAUUCUCAUCCUUGGUAGUAUAGCCGGACGCGUCGAUCAAGGUAUAGGACUUCUACAUGAGAUGUACCGAGAGCAAAGACUCAACCAUCCGGAGCUUACUUUCUGGCUCUUUUCUGAGGCCAGCAUCAGCAUUGUGUUGCGACGGGGAACAACAGCCAUACAUACACCACUGAAAAGCGGUCUUAUUACCCCGAAUGUGGGAAUCCUCCCUUUGUACGGCAGAGCUUCAAUUACUAUCCAAGGAUUUGAAUGGGAUGUUGAGGACUGGCCAACGGAGAUGGGAGGGCAGGUCAGCACCUCAAAUCACAUAGUCGCGGAUCAGGUUACAAUCACCACAGAUGUCAGCGUGCUAUUCACUGUCGAACGCAAAGUGGGAAGAUGA